UGCUUUUGCUACACAUGUGUUCGCACGGGAGUGCUAACCUCGCGUCUACGAUUUUAAAUUUUAAUAUAGCUACGAUAUCACACAAUAACACGGGAAAAUGUCUGUGCCCGACAAAGUGUUGAUGCGAAAAAUUAAGAAACGCGAAAAGACGAAAUUAAACGUGCUGAAACGCCGGGAAGAACAGAAAGAUGCAGUUGAAUCGGCAGAGAAAGCAAUUGAAAUAAGUCAGGAGCACACAGAAGACAUUCCUCCAAGAAAAAAAGGAAAUUUUAAAAUAUCUGAAGAAAAUAAAAAGUCUGAGAUAACAGAGAAAUCUUUGACCACUGAAAAUUUACCUGGUACAGCUGUAGGUUUUGAAGUGACAAGCGAUACAAGCUUCUCGGUGUUGAAUGAAAAAGUAUGCGAGAAUACAUUAAAAGCAAUAAAGGAUAUGGGUUUUACAAAUAUGACGGAGAUACAAGCAAAAGCUAUUCCUCCUCUUUUGGAAGGGAGAGAUUUGGUUGGCGCUGCCAAAACUGGAUCUGGCAAGACUUUGGCGUUCCUGAUUCCUGCCGUUGACCUGAUUUACAAAUUGAAGUUUAUGCCGCGUAACGGUACUGGAUGCAUUAUUAUGUCUCCCACGAGAGAGCUAGCUAUGCAAACUUUUGGAGUCUUGAAAGAAUUGAUGAAAUAUCACUAUCAUACGUACGGUCUAUUGAUGGGUGGUGCUAGUAGGCAGACCGAAGCACAAAAGCUCGAAAAGGGAAUCAAUAUUAUCGUGGCGACACCGGGGCGAUUAUUGGAUCAUUUGCAAAACACACCUGAUUUCUUGUACAAGAACCUGCAGUGUCUGAUUAUCGACGAGGCCGACCGUAUUUUGGACAUCGGCUACGAAGAAGAGUUGAAGCAAAUAAUUAACAUUCUUCCCAAGCGCCGACAGACCAUGCUUUUCAGCGCGACACAAACGCAGAAAGUGGCGACGAUAACAACGUUGGCUCUCAAAAAGGAACCUAUCUACGUGGGGGUCGACGACGACAAGGAAAUGGCGACUGUCGAUGGCUUGCAACAAGGCUACGUGGCAUGCCCGAGCGAGAAAAGAUUUUUACUUCUCUUCACCUUCCUCAAGAAAAACAAGCAAAAGAAGAUAAUGGUUUUCUUCAGUUCCUGCAUGUCCGUUAAAUAUCAUCAUGAGCUCUUGAAUUACAUCGAUUUGCCAGUAAUGAGUAUUCAUGGUAAGCAGAAGCAGACGAAAAGAACCACGACCUUUUAUCAGUUCUGCAACGCUUCCUCCGGGAUUUUACUUUGCACCGACGUGGCCGCGAGAGGUUUAGAUAUACCAGACGUUGACUGGAUUGUGCAAUUCGAUCCGCCGGAUGAUCCCAAGGAAUACAUUCAUCGAGUAGGUCGAACAGCUCGCGGAGAAGGCAGUAGCGGUCACGCUUUGCUGAUAUUGCGACCAGAGGAACUUGGUUUUCUUCGUUAUCUCAAGACCGCUCGUGUGCCCGUGAACGAAUAUGAAUUCUCUUGGAAUAAAAUCGCUGAUAUACAAUUGCAACUUGAGAAGUUGAUUUCGAAAAAUUAUUUCUUACACCAGUCAGCGAAAGAGGCGUUCAAGAAUUAUGUUAGAGCGUACGAUUCUCACCAUUUGAAACAAGUUUUCGAUAUAGAGACUUUGGACUUGGCAAAAGUCGCUAAAUCGUUCGGAUUUACUGUACCGCCAGCGGUAGAUUUGAAAGUGGGGAUCAGCAAGGCUUCACGACCACGAAAAAGGCUCGGUGGAGGCGGUUACGGACACUUUAAAAAUAUUAACGAUCCGAAUUCGGCAAAGCAGGUGAAGCGCGCCAAGACCUUCCGCCAAGUAGGCAAACGUAGACAAGAUAAUCGGCAAUUCACUAGAUGAUGAUUAUCCACGCACUUUUUACACGCAUGGAUAACAGACAGUAUCCAAUGUGUCGCAUAGCUAAGAAUCGUUAGGUAUCAAUGUAUGUACAAAUACGUUUAUACUGAAUCAGAAAUGCUAUUUAGUUGAGAAACUCGUUCUUGUAUUCGUAAUUCAUUCAAAUAUUAUCUGAUUUUUCUAUUUUUAUUUAAAAUAAAUAAUUUUAAAUAAAGAGCUUUUAAAUGUU